GAUCGACGAUGGAUUCGCCUCAGGCACGCUCAAACGGGGAGCCGGGAGACCUGGACGCAUUCAUCUCGAACGCCCGGAUGCAGAUCGAGAUCUUCGUGAAUCGGAUGAGAGCAAACGAGUGUCGGGGAAGACACGUCGGGAACGACUCCUUCGUCCAGACGCUCUUCCUCGACAUCACCUCGCUCCAUUCCAGGCUCGUUCGAGCCAUGGAGGAAGAAGAGAGAAAGCGAUAUCACUACGAGGGUCUUCAAGACAGACUGAGCCAGAUCCGGGACGCGAGAGCGGCGCUGGAUGCGCUAAGAGAAGAUCACAGGGAGCGGAAGCGUCGAGAGGCGGAGGAAGCGCAGCGUCUUCGGCAGCUCCAGAUGGCGCAGAAGCUGGAGAUCUUGCGGAAGAAGAAACAGGAAUAUCUCGAGUACCAGCGGCUGAUGGCGAUGCAGCGGAUGCAGGAGCAGGAGCGCGAGAUGCAGAUGAGACACGAGCAGCAAAAGCAGGCGUACGAAACGGGACAGUCACAGAUGCCCGUCCCCUACGAAACGGGACAGUCACAGAUGCCCGUUCCCUACCCUCUGUCUCACGUCCCAUCCGCUUACCCCGUCCCACCCGCCGGAUACGUGGGAGGAAUGGCGGCGAGUCGGCCGACCGGAGUCCCUCGGCAGCCUUUGGGAUAUGAAACCAUGGGUCCGCGGCAGCCUUCGGGUCUUGGGCCUUCUCAGCAGCCGGGGAUGGUCGGACCGCUUCUUCGACAGCCGGCGCUGCAGCAGCUCGGUGCUCCCGCGCAGGGCGUGCAGGGUUCGCCGCAGCCGCAGCCGCUGGGUUUUUUUCCUCCUGGCGUCCCUGCUCCGCCGGGACACGCUUCGACGUAUCAGAUUCCCGGAACGUUCCCGGCGUCGAAUGCAUCGCAAUAUCCAGGCAUGCCGAUGCAGUCAGUCCCUUCCGUGCCGAUGGGUAGCGGUCUCCAAUCCCCACAGAAUUUCGAGGUGCCUUACGAAAACAAACCCAACGACCAAGUCGGAGAACUCAUCUCUUUCGACUGACAUGCAAGAUCGUCUCCUUUCCACCGUGGAGAGCUGUAUCAAACUAUGUAUGCAUUAAAAUGAGGGGCUUGCCAUUUUCAAAAGAGAUGAUUGUUUCAUGUAUCCAACUUGAUAAAAUUACAGAUGCAAAGAGCUUCCA